AAUUUCCCUCUUCACCACUCUCAUUAUCAUUUUCACUCGCCAAUACAUUCAAAUUCAACCACCUCAAUGUCUCGAAAAAUUUGCAACCAAUGCCAUUUUCGUGAAAUCAUCCUUUUUCUUUCUGUAUAUAAAAUUUAUUCCCAGUCAAAUACUUGGGUUCCACUCGGCUAGGAUUUGCCUUUAUAACCCGAUUAACGAAGUCAUUACUCUCCACAAAAGAAGACACUGCAUUUGUACAGGGAUUCCCCAAAAUUGGUCGUGGGCAGUGGAAAAAACGCAGUCCUUUGGGGUCUCUUAAAGAACACGAUCCAGGUCUCAUAUUCAACAGAAUGCCACGGAAACCAGCACGUCACCGACUAUUAAGAUGUCCUCCGCUCACAUUUUCUCCAUUUGGUCGUUCCAUGGCUGUAGUUGCAUCUAUUAAUAAGGGCAGGCACAAGGUUCCAAGCUCCAUGUUACGAACAAAAGACACACCCAGCUCUUCCGGUAAUGGGUAUCAUCAUGUUGAAGAUAAGAACGAACAGUCUGACUCUUCUGAUGGUGAAGGGUUUGAGGGAGUUGUUCAAGCAGAUUUUGCCUUCUUUGAUCCAAAACCUGGGGACUUCCAUGGAGUGAAGGUCCUGUUACAGACAUACCUUGGUAAUAAACAGUGGGAUCUCAGCGGCUUUGUAGACUUGAUACUGGGACAACCAACAGUGGGGACUGUUGUGAAGAUAGAGAAUGAUGAAGAUGAUGCAGUAUAUUCUGUUAUUACUGCUCUUAAUCUGGGAAGAUACCAGGAUAGUAAGUGUAUGAUUGAGCUCAAGGGUUACCUCCUUAAAGUGUGCCAGGAGAAGGAUGUUUUGGCUAAAUUGAGGUCGUUUAUGGGAGAAUAUGCCCGGGAUGUUGGUCUAGUGGUUUCUCAACGUGUUGUAAAUCUUCCUCCCCAGCUAUUGCCACCGCUUUAUGAUGCUCUCUUUGAUGAAGUCUCAUGGGCAACAGAAGAUGAGCCGACAAAGGAGCUUCAGAAUUCUUUUCGCAUCAAAUUUUACCUAAUUAUUAGUAAAAUAUACAAGCAUAAGAGUGUAGACCAGAUUAAAGGCCCAAGUCAAAGUGAAGAUGAUGCUAUUAUAUACAUCAAACCAGAAGAUGAAAUUUUUUACAAGCUUAGCUCGUGGUCCUUCAGUUUUCCCUUCCCUGCACAGCAGGUUACAACAAAUGAGCUUAAAAAUUACCAGUUGACGGGUUUAGUGAUGGCUGUUGAAGCAAGGAAAGUUUCUGCAUUCAGAAAACAGUUGCACUUGUUGAUAGACGAAGAAUGAUAUAACAAGAGGUUUCAAAAGGCAUGCCAGUCAUCUCAUCAUUUCCAGUGUGCUUUUUAGCUAAAAAUAUUCACAUCAUUUCACUUCAUUUUUGCAACUUCUAGGGUACUAGCUUUUGUGUUGUAUCUAAUUCAUUGUUGAAGUGGGCAGAAAUGGAGCCACAAGAUUGAGGUCACUAUCACUCUCUAAUCUAAACUGCAGCUCUACAAGGAUAACCUCAUCCAACACCUCCAUGAUCUCCAUAUUUCAUUCAGUACAAUCGAUAUCUUGUUGUUCACUGCUUACUCCAAUGUUAAUUUGAUUUAAUUACAGAAAACAAAUUGUUAGUCCUGAUUGAUUUUGUUCACUGGCUUUGAGCUAGAAUUUUUGAAAUAUAUUAUUAUUCA